AUGGCUCAUGCCACACUGUCCAACCGUUUGACCUGUCACCUCAGGAUAAGGACACUGUGUAUUCCAGGGAUGAUGUCAUCACCCAACAUGGCCGCAGGGAUCAACACAGAGAGGAAACACGGAGGUCUGGGCCCCAUGAAGAUCCCUCUGCUGGCUGACCCCACCCAGGCCAUCUCCAGGGACUACGGAGUGCUGAAGGAGGAUGAGGGCAUAGCCUACAGAGGUCUGUUUGUGAUUGAUGACAAGGGCAUCCUGAGGCAGAUCCCCAUCAACGACCUGCCAGUGGGGUGCUCUGUGGAUAAGACACUGCAGCUGGUGCAGGCCUUCCAGCACACUGACAAGUUUGGAGAGGUGUGCCCAGCAGGGUGGAGACCAGGGAGCGACACCAUCGUCCCAGACGUCCAGAAGAGCAAGGAGUUUUUCUCCAAACAGAACUGAUCCCUCCACACCUCCUUAGAGGUGCUACAUCUAUACAGGGUACUAACUGAGCACUUACUGUUGUUAGCUGGAUCGCUGACUGACUGAGUCUGCUGAUCGCAUUGAUUCUGUGUAAACUACACUGUCAGUGGGGAUGUGUUUUGUGAGAUUUCUUGAAAAUGAUAUAUUAUUUGUGUAUUAGGCUUGAUGUUGAUUCCAUCAUGGGGCCUAUUUUACUGCUGUUUACUGCUUGUAAUUAAGCAUUUCACUGUUAGGUCUACACCUGUUGUAUUUGGUGCAUGUGACAAAUAACAUUUGAUUUGAUUAGAUUACAAUUCAAACAGUGCCAUGUGAGUAUUUUGUUGA